GGGGGGUUUCUAGUCCCAAAUAUACGCGCGUGCUUUCUUGGGAUACAGCUUGUGUGUUUGAAUCGUAACGAGGGGGGUUUAAAAAAGAAAAAAAAAGAAAACAAGGCGCUUCUUUCUCGCAUUGCGCGUCAUUCAAACAGGACUCAGUGUACUGCUUUUUCCCUCUCUGUUGCAUUAGUAAUAACAGCAGCGUUGACGAGAGACAGCAGGAGGAGAGGAGGGUGUGUGUCUCCCGACAGCAUUGCCCAGCAGAGGAAUACUGAGCUUUUUUUUUUUGCUUUUUUUUAAGGCUUAGUUAUUUACACCAGCGCUUCUUGUCUUGUUGUUUGCUUUCUACCCUCUCGGACGAUCACGUGCGAACAUCGCCGCGAGUCUAGAAAAGGAGGAAGACGACUUCUCACCUGGUGCGUCUCUUUUGACUUUUAACGACAGGGAAAUAAUCCUGCCUUAUUUUUGAUUGAGUGUGUGAGGCAGCAUCGCCAGACUCCCAUCCCACCCUGCCAAGGACAAAAGUGACAGCAAGUUUUCUCCCUUAGGGAUGAAAUAUGCACACUCUGCAUCUGUAGAAAGAAGAAGACAACGUACAGUGUGAGGUGAAAAGUGGUUUUAAAUCAUGAUGAUGCAGGAGUCGGCCACAGAGACAAUAAGCAACAGUUCAAUGAGUCAAAAUGGAAUGAGCACCCUAAGCAGCAGCCAAUUAGAGGCUGGCAGUAGAGAUGGGAGAUCAAGCGCUGGUGACACAAGCAGCGAAGUAAGCACAGUCGAGCUGCUGCAUCUGCAACAACAGCAGGCGCUACAAGCAGCGAGGCAAUUACUCUUGCAGCAGCCAGGCAGUGGCCUGAAAUCUCCAAAGAGCCAGGACAAGCAGCGUCCACUGCAGGUUCCAGUGUCAGUGGCCAUGAUGAGUCCCCAAGUGAUCACGCCACAACAGAUGCAGCAGAUCCUCCAGCAGCAGGUUCUCUCCCCACAGCAGCUCCAGGCUUUGCUCCAGCAGCAGCAGGCAGUGAUGCUGCAGCAGCAACACCUGCAGGAGUUUUAUAAGAAACAGCAGGAACAGCUUCAUCUGCAGCUUCUCCAGCAACAGCAUCCCGGCAAGCAGGCUAAAGAGCAACAGCAGCAGCAGCAGCAGCAGCAGCAGCUGGCCGCCCAGCAGCUCGUCUUCCAGCAACAGCUCCUGCAGAUGCAGCAGCUUCAGCAGCAGCAGCACCUGCUCAACAUGCAGCGGCAGGGCCUGCUUUCACUGCCCGGGCCCGCUCCAGGUCAGGCCGCCCUGCCCGGACAGACCCUGCCCCCAACAGGUGGUUUAAGCCCAGCGGAGCUCCAGCAACUUUGGAAAGAUGUGACUGGAGGUGGUGGUGGCGGUCACACCAUGGAGGACAAUGGCAUCAAACACAACAGCAGUGGCGGCAUUGGUGGCGCCAACACUGGGACCGGAGUGGUCAGCAGCGGGUUAGACCUCUCCACCAACAACUCCACUUCAACUACCUCCUCCAACCCUGCCAAAGCAUCGCCGCCCAUCUCGCAUCAGUCCCUCACCAAUGGACAGUCGCCCAUCCUCAACCACAGACGAGAGCGGGAAAGAGAGCGCGAGAGCUCACUUCAUGAAGAAGGCGGACGAACCCACCCUCUAUACGGUCAUGGUGUGUGCAAGUGGCCUGGCUGUGAGAACAUGUGUGAGGACUUUGGACAGUUUCUGAAGCACCUAAACAGUGAACACGCUCUCGAUGACAGAAGCACAGCCCAGUGUAGAGUCCAGAUGCAAGUCGUACAGCAGCUUGAAAUACAACUUUCUAAAGAACGCGAGCGUCUUCAGGCAAUGAUGACCCACUUGCACAUGCGGCCCUCAGAGCCAAAGUCAUCUCCCAAACCACUCAACUUGGUGUCGAGUGUCACCAUGUCGAAGAACCUGCCCUCAGCGUCACCCCCGAACUUACCUCAGACGCCCACCACGCCCACAGCCCCCAUCACGCCCAUGGCUGCUAUGCCCCAGGUGCCAUCGGUAUUGGGAGGAGCCAACGUCCCCAGCAUGGGAGCCAUGCGCAGACGCCACUCGGACAAAUACUCCAUGCCUUUGUCGUCGGGUGGUGACACAGUAUUUAUUUUUCCAGAGAUUGCCCCAAACUACGAGUUUUAUAAGAAUGCAGACGUCAGGCCGCCAUUUACUUACGCAACCCUCAUAAGACAGGCUAUCAUGGACUCCGCCGACAUGCAGCUAACGCUUAACGAAAUCUACAGCUGGUUCACGCGCACAUUUGCGUACUUUCGACGCAACGCUGCAACUUGGAAGAACGCCGUCCGCCACAACCUCAGCCUGCACAAGUGCUUUGUGCGCGUAGAAAACGUGAAGGGGGCGGUGUGGACGGUGGAUGAGGUGGAGUACCAGAAACGCAGGUCGCAGAAGAUCACAGGAAGUCCGUCUCUUGUGAAGAACCUGCCCUCCAGUCUUGGCUAUGGAACGGCAUUAAACGCCAGCUUACAGGCUGCCCUGGCAGAGACCUCCCUGCCUUUGCUGGGGACCCCUGGGCUCAUGAGCAGCGCCACAGGCCCAAUGGGAGGCAGCUGCCACGGCCUGCUAGGGGGCGACCCAUCUGGACCGACCGGCGGGAGCCCACCUGGACUGUUGGGCGGAAGUCCACCCGGCUUGAUAGGGAUCAGCCCACCUGGAACGUUGAGCGGCAGCCCCCCGACCAUGUUACAGUCCGCACACGAGGAUCUCAACGGCGCACUUGACCACCUUGACACCAACGGACACAGCAGCCCUGGGUAUUCCCCUCCAGUACACAUGCCACCUGUUCACGUCAAGGAAGAGCCUCUCAACAUGGAUGAUGAUGACUGUCCGAUGUCACUCGUGACGACGGCCAAUCACAGUCCAGAACUUGACGAUGACCGGGAGCUGGAAGAAGGGAACCUAUCGGAAGACCUGGAGUGACUAGGAUAUGGUUUUUGGUCAACGUAUCCCUCCACUCUACCACACUGUUUCUCUUACACAGACCUACAAGACUAAAAAAAAAACCACUCCACAGUCCAAGCAACCACAGCUGACUCUCUUUCUCACCACUGGGACUAUUUAUUGAGCAUGUAUCCGGAUAGAGACCAAUCCAAAGGAACUCUUUGUUGCAGACCUUUAGGAUUCCCAAAUCUGACAGACAUGAGAUGUCUGUUGUAAAAAGAAAAAAAAAAAACUCACUGAGACCUGUUAUAUUUGGGGGUGGCAUGGCCACAUAAAGUGAAAGGAUGAUGGACUCACUGAUAAGGUGGACACAUGAAACAAAUAAGCAAAUCAUGUUCUGUUGAAAGCAAGCGGCCUCCUAAACUGCCAAAAAGGAAGACGUUUUACGUUUGUGAAUAACCCAGCCCACAGUAGUUGUUAAUGUCUAGAGACGAUUGCUGGUUCAAUUCAAGUUGUUGCUCUGUUCUCAUUUGCACAGAAGUAGUCUCGGAAAAUCGUGUCACUGCCUGUAUGUUGCUACUAUUAUUAAACUCAGCAAAUUAUUUUUUAUCAUUUUUUUUUAACCAUUAAUUUCCAUAUCUGAUUUUUAGACAUCACCAACUGUAAAUUGCAUUCUUCAAGCCACAUCUGCAGUACCAAGACUGUUUUCACAACUGUUCAGAGAAAAGAAAAAGAAAAAAAAUAUCGAGUAAAAAGUCAGCUUUCAGUCUAUGUGUUUGUGAUUAAAAGUCUCAAAUGAGAAAGGAGAAGUAAUAAGAGCUUGUGUAAAAGCGCCAUUUACAAUACAAAAUGCAUUUCUUCGUAUCUUUCCUCUUGCUCUUCUUACCUCGGCGUUCCAAAGCUUUGUCUACCUGCGAACAGUGACAGGCAACAGCUAGAAACCAAAGCCAAUACUAGCAAUGGCCAAUAGCUUACAGGCAGAAGCCACCAAACUCUUCUUUUUGGUCUCACCUUCUGUGACUUUAAACUAUUUCAAAGAGAAGCUUUUUUUUAUCCACAGACUACCUUGGAAUAAACCUCUGGGAUCAUUUCAUUUAGCCCUAUACAAAGAUGAUCAGAUCAGAAACAAGUGCUGAUUCUUCAUGUGUAAUUUGGGAAGUCAUAAAAACGUCCGUUACGGUUAUCCACUGCCAGGCAUUCUGUCAGUGAAAUAACCAUAAAAAUGGACCAUAACCAAAAUAAAUCAUUUUGUGUAUUCAAUAUAAGUGUAAAACCAUCUUGAUGUUUUGAGGAUUGUGUUAAUAUUGUAUUUUUGUUAUGCAUUACACAUUCAAACCUUUGUUUUUGUUAUGGGUGGGACCGUCCAAAUACUUUUACGUCUUUACUUCUGUGGCGGUUUUUGUUCUGAGCUGCAUCAAAUAACUGAAAACACUACUAACCAAACAUGAAAAAUAUCUAGUAAAGCCAAAUAAGUCAUAAUUUCAAGUAAAUAUGAAAUAAUGUGGCUUGGUUACCAUGGAAAGCAAAACAGUGAUAGCCAUGGUAGAAAGAGGAUCCAAGGUAACCUUUUUCUAGGUGAGAUUUGCUUUAACCUCAUUCAAUACUCGUUAUCUUUCCUUUAACUAUACAGGCUUGUUCACACCAGAGUAACUUGUAUGGGUGGACAGCUUUUUAUGGCACAUUUUGUAAUCACAGACGAAGAAGUACAUCCAUGAUUUCACUUAUUUGCUAUUUCGUACCUUAGCAUUUUUUGUUCAUUUCAAACCUGACUUCUUUUUGGUAAAAAUUGGUGCCAUUUACAUUUGGUCAAUUUCUGUCAGCCAUGCACCAAUUUGUUACAGCUUUAAUGACCAUUAUUUUAAAGUUAAAUUCUUCAGUCUGUAAGGAAAUAUGGCUGAGUACAGUCAACUUCCGGAAGGUUUUAAAUUUUAUGACAUUCAAUAGACAAAUUGUUGUCAAAACUACAAACAAAGGCAAAAAAAUGUCUUCAAAAGGUUUCCAAUAACCCAUUAUUAAUUCCAGUUACGUUCUAUCUGAGGAUUUUUUCAUGCUUAUAAUUUAUGAAAAACACCAAACCAUAUCAAAAAAUGAAGGCAUACAGAAUGGUGUACUUGGUAUUGAAACUGUUAGUUUACAGCUAUAAAAAAAAGUAGGAGAAAUCAGAGGGAAAAUGAGUCUGUGAGAAAUGGGGCUACGAAUAGCCGAGGGGUAGAAUUGAUCCUUGAGUGUUUUUGCUUUAACGGCCGUUUUCGUUUUCAGUAAACCAAAGUAACACAAAAUUCUGCCUCCUCUUGUACAGGAUAAGCAUCGAUACUCAUAGUCACGCCAUGUUGGAGUCUGGCAUACACACAUACAGAGACCUGGUGGUCAGCUUUACCGUUUUCACAAUAUUAUGGCUUUUUAAAGGAGCAACGCGUUGGCCCCGUUCUGACCAAAAUCCUAGCCGUACUGUGCGUGCAGCGAGUCCAAGUUGUGAGGCCAGAGCUCAAACACACAGAUACUGUACAAAAGCAGUACUUGUUGGCUGCGACACCUCAAGAGGAUAGGAGUCAGUGACUUGGGGGAAAAAAAAAAGCAUUCUUAAUCUUAUUACACCAAAUAAAAAGGGCACUUCGUUUGUCGUUUAAAAGGAAAAACAAUAAAGGGUACUCGCAUUUACCCAAAAUAGGCUUUCUAAAAGCUUCUACCUCUGCACAACAACAGAACAACUACGAAAGAUUGCACGAGUUUGGAGAGCUGUCCCACUUUUCCACGCUUGUCUCAAGACCAUUGUUUACAUUCCCUGUGUCAAGAUAUGGAGGAGUCGCAUUGUGAUAGGUUGUCUGCAAACAUUUGUAGAAUGAUAAUGUAUAGAUUACAUGUAAGGGGAAUAUUGUGUUUUUAAAAAAAUGCAUGUCUAAAAUUCAUUUGGUGGACUGGAAACAAAAAGAAAUAUAAUAAAACUCAUUGGGAUGAUGGCCUACAUGUUACAAUGCAUAGGAGUGCAUUACCUCAGAGGGAUAAAACCUGUCAGCCACAGAAUGCAUAUUACCUGUAGAUUUGCAUGGGUUUUGUACAAAUUAAGUAAAAAAAAAAUGUCUAAAAUAGUUGCUUGCACAUAAUACCAGAAAGACCUCCAGACCUGCAAUCUGCUCCUCCACUAGAUUUAAGGAUUGUCUGGAUUUUCUGGGUUGAUUUUUGUCUGUAUUUUGAUAACUGUGCAUACUUAUGUAAAAAGAAAAAAGGAAAAAAAA